UUUCCAGAACAUUCCAGAUAGAUUCAGUGCUGAGUAAACUUGGAGUAACUUCUAGAACUUUCUAGAACUUUCCAGUAAUAUAAAUAGUAGUAUAAAUACAGGGGCCUUAAGCCCACCAGUUCAGUUUAGUUCCAGCUGCCUAAGUGGAUACAUAUCUGCAUUUUUCUGAGAUGGCAUCAAGAGGCUGCAAGCAUCCGGCAGACGCAUUUUGCUAUGUCUGCGGCCAAUUUAUCAAGAUAAGAGCGAAAAAGUACUCUGUGGAAGCAUCUGCUAAGAUGUGUGAGGCCUACAAGGCAUAUUUCGGCAUGCCUGUCACGGAUCAAGACAAACCCUGGGCACCUCAUUUCACCUGCAAGCACUGCAAAAAAACUCUGGAAGGAUGGUACAGAGGGGAAAAGAGAGCCAUGAAGUUCGCUAUCCCAAGAAUUUGGCGGGAACCCACUGACCACUCAAGCAACUGCUACUUCUGCAUGGUGGACCCUUCCAAACGUCGGACUGGCAAGAAUGCACCUGCUAUCACGUAUCCGGACCUUCCUUCAUCCAUCGCCCCGGUGCCACACUGCCAUGAGCUCCCUGUACCCACUCCUCCGGAGAGAGAGCAGCCGUCUUUAGAAGAGAGCAGCAAGUCAGAGAGCGAGGAAGACGUUGUAGAUCGAGAUGACAAUUUCAGAGGUGGAGCUGAGGAGAGAAACCCAUACUACCCCAACCAAAAAGACCUCAACGACUUGAUUAGAGAUCUUGGUCUCACCAAGUCCAAUGCCGAGCUUUUGACGUCUAGGCUCAAGCAGUGGAACUUGUUGGAUGAAAGUGUGCAAGUCGCAGAUCAGAGGAAGCGUCACCAACCUUUUUCCAGCUUCUUCACCCGUCAAGAUGGGUUCUGCUUCUGCCACAAUGUGACCAGUCUGUUCGAGGCAAUCGGAAUCGCCUGUAGCCAGAAUGAGUGGCGCCUCUUCAUUGACAGCUCAUCCAGGAGCCUCAAAACCGUGCUGCUCCAUAAUGGUAACAAGUACCCGUCUCUUCCCUUGGCUCACUCGGUGCACCUCAUAGAGGAUUACAACAGCAUCAAGACCUUGUUGGACGCCUUGAAGUAUGAUGAGUACGGCUGGGAGGUCAUAGGAGACUUCAGAAUGGUGGCAUUCCUGAUGGGUCUCCAAGGCAGUUUUACCAAGUUUCCCUGCUAUCUUUGCCUUUGGGACAGCAGGGACACCAAGGUGCACUACCACAGGCGGGACUGGCCACAGCGGACCGAGUUCUCUGUGGGGAGGAACAACGUCAAGUGGGAGCCACUGGUGGACCCCCGGAAGGUGCUGAUGCCACCACUGCACAUCAAAUUGGGCCUUAUGAAACAAUUUGUCAGAGCUCUAGAGAAGGAGUCGGCAGCCUUCAAGUACCUUCAAGACUUCUUCCCUAAGCUGUCUGAGGCAAAGGUCAAAGCCGGUGUCUUCGUCCGACCACAGAUAAAGAAGAUCCUGGAGUGCAAUGAAUUCCCCAAGAAGCUCACUAGUAAGGAGAAAGCGGCUUGGAAUAGCUUAGUCGCAGUGGUUCGGGGCUUCCUGGGCAAUCACAAAGCCGAAAACUAUGUGGAGCUGGUUGAGACUCUGGUGAAGAACUACGGCACAAUGGGCUGUAGGAUGUCCCUCAAAGUCCAUAUCCUUGAUGCUCAUCUUGAUAAAUUCAAGGAGAACAUGGGAGCGUACUCGGAGGAGCAAGGCGAGCGCUUCCACCAGGAUAUACUGGACUUUGAACGCCGCUACCAAGGACAGUAUAACGAGAACAUGAUGGGAGACUACAUUUGGGGGCUGAUUCGUGAAAGUGAUUUACAGUAUAAUCGUAAAGCUCGAAAAACUACUCACUUCUAAAUCUUUUGUAGUCAUUUUUGUAUUACUUUAGUAUAAAUACAUGUUAAUUUGGAUUCAUAUGUUGUUUUUUUUCUGACUUUAUGUGAACGAAAAGACACAAAUUCGCCCGUUUUCUCAAUGGAAAUAGGUAAAUUUCAAAAUAUCACUGUCCUGGUCAC